CAUCUUUUUUUAUACCAAACAUCUCAACAGAUCAAAACGGAUAUCUGACAGACACAGAUGUGGUUUUGAAGACAUAAUUUAGAACAUAACAAGAGCUGUACUACAGAUGUAGCUAUGCAGAUGUUGCUCUCCAACAAGACAGGAAUGGAGACAUUGGACACGUUUACGACUAAAGUCAACCACUGUAGCUGUAGCAGAAAUGAUAUCUCGUCGUGGCUAAAUUAUUAUUAGGCAAAUAAUAUCAUGAACUUUGGAAUACAUUUGAAAUAUCCACCCAAAUUUGAAGCAACGCCUUUAUUCAUUCAAACGAAUUAUCCUUCCUGAAUGUGUCUAAUGUGAUACGCACUAUAACUGAGACAUGAGCUUUGUGUUGGAAAGUGUUGACUUGUAUAACAACUUGUAUUUAACAUUUGUCCCUCUAUAUCUGACUUAGAUAAAACAUGUCUAACUAUCUGAUGACUCUGCUGCUCACCUCGGGUAGGCGUUUCCACACAAAAGAGUGAAAUAAUCAUGUCGAAUUUUUAAAAACAUACAUUUUUGUAAUAAUUAUGAUGUCCUGCCCGAUUUGUUUGAUAUUGUCAUGGGUGUCCGACAGUCUGUGUCACUUUGUGUUCACACAUUCACCGAGAGUAUCACCUGGUAAACGAGCCCAUGAGCUGGCCCAACGCCCAGAGCUACUGCAGGAGUAACUACACUGACCUCGCCACCGUCGACAACUGCGGUGACAUGGAGCGGCUGAAGGACAUGGCGGUGGCCAGCGGUGUGAAAACAGAAACCUGGAUUGGUCUGACGCGGGCCGACAGCGCGUCCUGGCUCUGGUCUUUGGGGGAAACGGGGAUGAGCCAUGAGUCAGCCAACUUCACUAACUGGGACCCUUUGACCGAUCCCAGUCACGAAUGUGGAGGCAUGACAGCUGAGGGGCGGUGGCUCGGUGCACCGUGUGCAACAACUCUGCCUUUUGUCUGUCAGGAAGAUGAGGCGUCCGGUGCGUUGCAUGUCAUUCUUCAAAAUAAGACGUGGAAGCUGGCCAGAGAGUACUGUCAACUAAACAACAUGGACUUGGCCAGUGCAAGGAGCUGGGACGAAAAUGACGCCGUAGAGGCAGUAAUAUAUGAGAGCAGGUCAUCACUGUCCUUGUUCUGGAUCGGUUUGGUCAAGGAUAUGUGGGAAUGGUCGGACCAGAGCAAUAGUUCCUUCAGAGCCUGGUCCACAUCUCAGCCGAAUAAUGAUGGACAGUGCACAUUGUAUAAGCCCUCUGACAACACAUGGUUUGACAGAGGUUGUGCUAACAAUUAUCCCUUCUACUGCUAUAUUGGCAAAAGGAAAGGGAACUUCAAGCAGGUUGUGAGGGUGGAAAUGACAUCAAAUUCACGCUUUAACUUGGACGAUCCUGCAAUGAGUGAAGCCAUUUUGAUCCAAAUUCAAAAAAAGUAUGAAGGGGUCAAACUUCGAUGGAACGUCCAGCCGGACGGGAAGAUUUUCCAGAGAAAAGAAGAGAAGAAAGUAAAUGAUGCCCCGUCACAAAGUUAGGCGGCAAACAUUCUGUUUGAAGCCCUGCUCUUUGUGAAAUCGUGCAUUUGGCUAAUACGAAUACUAUAUUACUACAGACAGUGAUAUUUAUCUGAAAUUGUACGUACCGAUUUUUUUUCAUGUCUUGUUUUCACUUGUUUUCUCAUCAUUAAGU